AUGCCUUAUCGCGUUCUUCUGACAGGCGCGAACGGAUUCGUUGCCCAGCAUAUUCUUUCUCAGCUUUUAAAGGCAGGUCACUCCGUCAGGGCCGUUCUUUCGAAGACCUUCAGCACCUAUACCUCUAGCCAACUCGAAAACUACAUCGUCCCAGAUAUCACUACCCCUUUCGCUUUUGACGCCGCUCUCACUUCGAACUACCCAUUCGAUGCAGUCAUACAUACUGCGUCGCCCUUCAACUAUCGUGCUGUGUCCUCGAACCUCGAAUUUCUCGACCCUGCGGUGAAGGGAACAACCGAGAUUCUGUCUAGUAUUACACGCGUUGCUCCCUUCGUUAAGCGGGUAGUCCUGACCAGUUCCAUGGCCGCCGUUAUUAAUUGGGGCGCACCCAAGGAGACGGACCCUCCUAAGGUCUACACUGACGCUGAUUGGAACCCUAUUACCUGGGAUGAUGCUCUCUCUACUGACUCACCGAAUCUUGCUUACAGCGCAAGUAAAUCAUUCGCUGAGAGAGCAGCCUGGAACUUCAUCUCCGACAACAAACCUGGAUUUGAUCUCGUUACUAUCAACCCGCCCAUGGUGUAUGGGCCAUAUGUUGACCCAUCCGUCUACAAGACGCCGCAGGAUCUCAACCAAAGCAACUUCAAUUUGUGGCGCAAUUUUCUCGAGUCGAGCUUGACAUCCGAGUCUCCACUGCCUCCCAAUGGAUUGCAUCUGUAUGUUGACGUACGAGACAUGGCGCGCGCCCAUGUACUGGCAUUGCUGAAGCCUAAGGCUGGCGGCAGGAGAUUUGUCAUUGGAGGCGGGGCAGUUUCGAGCCAGAAAAUCGCAAACCUUUUCAGAGACACACUCCCUCAGUUGGUGAAUCGAAUUCCCAGGGGAGAGCCAGACAAUUUGCAGUUGCCGAAGGGAAUUUUCACUCUGGACGCGUCACCGGCACGGGAAAUCUUAGGACUAGAAUUUAGCAGCCUUGAAGACACUUUCAAACAGGUUGCGACACAACUUGUUCACAUUAGAGAGGUCGCGAAGAAGAGCACUUGA